AUGAGUGCCAAUGAGGCAUCGCAACCAAAUUUAAAGAAUAAGGAGACAAAAGCGGUAAGUGACAUACUUCUGGCAUGCACUGUCUGCGGAACGUCUAAUGUGCUUCCAGCCAGCAGCGCCAACGUGUUAAAGGGGACAAAUAUGACGACGUUUUGCAAAACAUGCGGUGGCGCAACAAUUCAGCGAGUGGUAGUCUCAUAUUUAUUGGGAGACCCUUCCAAAGACUCGGUGGAUGUAUUGGCGGCGCCGGGAAAAAGCAGCGCUGAUUCUUAUUCUCAAGCCUCUGAAAUAGACAUGGACGAAAUUAUUUGGAGGCGGCUGCAGGAUGCAUUAGUCAACAGCGGCGUGAGUAUGGCAGAAUUUUUCCGUUGUGAUACAUCCACACGAGCACGUCUCAUUUCUGCGGUGGGAUUUAAUAGCGCUGAGAUACCACGACUUUUGGAGUUUGCAGAUGCCAAUGCCACGAGGAGUAUGUUAAGUAACGUGAUGGAACGGAUGCAAAAUCCUUUCGAAACGACGGCAGCAGCGACAUUAAGAAUAGGAGCCGUAGCAGGGGAGCAAGCAAUCAACCCCGGACCUAUGAAGGAGGCAAAGAAUAGAGCAUCUGCGGAAUUCCCUCGAAAUUCCGCUCAAGAUGAACGGACCUUUGUAAACACCCCACAUCACUCAGCACAAAUAGAUGGUUCGAUGCUGAGUCUAAAGAUACAGGAGGAUGGCACACUCAUCGCCCGUUGCUCGGUAUAUCCCCACCUACCCGCGGAAUUCUGGUGUUCCCUUUGUGGUGUAUUGGUUUCAAGUCGUUGCCACGUGUCAGGGAUUCAUAAGGAUCAUCCCUUUAUUACCCUGCGACAGGCUGCAGAGGCACAUGUACGUGAUCUCAGCACAUGGUCAGAACGUUGUCGAAAUCAGCUGAACGUCGCCAAUACCAUUAUUUCAAAUCUUCAGCAUGGAAGGGAUGUUUUGAAUGAUUCGGCUAAACACGAGGAGGAGGCAUUGGACAGGCACUUUGAGGAGAUUGUUCAAGGACUUACUCAAUGGUGUCAGGGACUCAAAUCGAGUAUGCGGUUGCAGAUUGAUGCCCAGCUAGAAAAUAUUAAUGUGGCAAUAAAAAGAACCAACAAAGUUAUAGAAUAUUACGCUGAGCGACUGAAGAGAUGUGAUCCCUUAUUACAGUCCAUACCACCCAUGCAUCAGGUAGACAAGAAGUCGGAGGAUUGGUCCCUGCGUGUGAUGGAUCUUGUGAGUCAACUCAAGACGGCAAGUCAAGAGCCAAUCCCCAUGCCACGGAUUACCGUGCCCGAAGUGAAAUCUUUUGCGACUGUGACAACUUACAUGGAGUUAUUGAAAGCAGUAAGUGUUCCCGCGGGUAUUCGUAUACCGGAUGUUUUGGAUACAGGGUAUCUGAAUUUUCCCACCCCUUCUGUUUUGGGACGAGAGACAUUUACACUUGACGUUCCCAAGGAUGCCAAGACGCGCGGUAUUCUUAUCUACAGUGGUCGUACUCUGACGAGAUCGCAGGACAUUACACCCACCCCACUCACUUGUGUGUGCGUCACAAAUCUUUUAUACGGGGAUCACUGCAUGGGAAGUUCACGUGGACCGUCUUGGCGCUGGACCGGGUCGAAUCCUUGCAGGUGUGCUUAUGGCAGGAACGGAUGGUGA